ACUGUGUAGUCUCACUAGAGCAGAAUUUGCAUCGUCCAGGCCCAUCCUCCCACUCACAAGUGUUCUGCAUCCCAAACCUGCCUUGCAUGCAGAUGCACUCUCAUGCAGCUUUGGUGAACUAAGACUCUAUUCGUGGAAGGAUUAACUUCUAUAACAACAUCAUACCUGCAUGUAUUAUGGAGACAGUUCACCUCUGUGUUUUUAUAAUGCUGUGUUUGGGGAGGCACGUAUAUGGUGCAGAUGUUUCACAGCGACAAAAAAGAAACUGGAUCAUUGAGUCCUUUACUAUUGAUGAAGGCUAUGAUGGCCUUUUUCCAUAUACCUUGGGCAAAGUGCAAGUGGGGAGAAAAUAUGCUCGUUUUCAGAUACAUGGCCAAGGUGUUUAUUUGGAACCGAGAGACAUAAUAGAAAUCGAUGAAAACACUGGAGAAAUUACAGUGCAUGGCCCUGUGGACUUUGAAAAACACAAAUCCUUGAAGCUAAUAUUUCAGGCAAUAGACAGGGUCAGAAAUGUAGUGGACACACAGCUUGGCGUUGACAUCCAAAUUAUGGACGCAAAUGACCACUCACCAGUGUUUGACGCUGAAAUAUACGCCGUCACUGUAAAAGAGUCAAUAUCUCAAGGCACUGGACUGACCACCGUUAAGGCAGUAGAUGCGGACACCAAUCAAAAUAAAGAAUUUGAUUUACGGAUACUCUCCGUAACUCCCAGAUCACAUGAUGUGGAGUUCUACUUUAAGACGUCAGAUGCUGAAACGGGAACCAUUUCCUUCAAAGGGUGUCUGGACUAUGAUAAAUCAAAGAAAUACACCAUCAUAGUUGAGGCUAAAGAUCACGGCAAACCAAAACAGCUCUCCAGUUCCUGUACUGUCAUAAUCAACAUAGAAGAUGACAACAAUCACCUUCCAGUCAUCUCAGGACUAACUGGUCCAGGAAAAGUAAAGGAAGGGCUGAGUUAUGCUCUGAUUUUACGUCUUCAAGUCACUGACAAAGACAGCAAAGAUACGGCGGCGUGGAGAGCGAAAUAUAACAUCCAACGAGACGCAAGCAAGAACUUCCGAAUCACUACUGAUUGGAAGACAAAUGAAGGGUUACUGUAUGUGGAAAAGCCUCUGGAUUAUGAGGAAGCUUCCCUGAAGACCAUGACGAUCACAGUGGAGAAUGAAAUUCCAUAUUUUUCAUGCAGUGUGGUGAGACGGAGCACCACUAGUCUUUGGACACUGAAGACUCAUAGAGGCACCCCGACUGCUGGUCAGUCCACGUAUGGCGUGGAUGUGAUUGUGGAAGAUGUCAAUGAGGCACCCAUUUUUGUUGAGCCGAACAAACAGGUUGCGCUGAGGGAGAAUGUUGCGGCGGGACAGUAUCUGGCGACCUUCACAGCGAGAGAUCCUGAUUACAGCAAGGCUAACACACUUUUCUACAUGAAAGGGGAGGAUCCAGCUGACUGGGUUACAGUGGACACCUUGACUGGAGCAGUAACUACAUCCAAGAUCCUUGACAGAGAGUCACUCUAUGUGAAAGACAACAUCUACAAAGCCACAGUAUGCGCUGUUGAUGAUGGUGUACCUCCAAUGACAGGCACUGCAACGCUCAGCAUAAUCAUUAGUGACGAGAAUGACAAUGCUCCAUUCCUGGCUGAAAACCACAUGGAUAUGUGCCAAUCUGAAGGUCAAUCUAAGGUCAAUGUUACAGCUUUGGACCCAGAUGAAGGCCCAAACAGUGGGCCUUUCCGAUUCAAACUAAAUGGAGAUAUUAUGGGCAGGUGGGACAUUGACCCUAAGCAAGGCUACUCAGUCUACCUGUUGAAAGACAACAUUGUUGCUUCUGGACGACAUGAGUUGCUCCUGGAAGUGUCAGAUCUUCAGGGCAAAGCUGCUGUGCACAACCUGUCAGUUACAGUGUGUAACUGCUUAGACAAAAGCAGACCAAACUGUCGUGCAGGCAGCCCCACGCUGGGAAAAAAAGCUGGAAUCAUUUCGUCAUGCCUCGUACCUCUUACAGGUAUUCCUCUCACAGCAUUUCUGAGGUCAAGAAAGAAAAAAGGCAAAACCAACAGCUCAGAAGGUUUGGCCAUACCAGACAGCUCAGGACAUCUAACGCAGUGUAACACAGAGAACCUCGGCCAGGAUUGCCAAGUACGCUUUGAACCGCUGCACCAAGAAGACAAAAGAGAACUAAUGACUGAAAUGUUACCUGUACCGGAACACAAUUGGGUGAGACCCAGCUCCUUGUCUCCAGAUGUGGGCAAAGUAAUAAAUGAGAUGCUGGACUCUUUACACACAGGAGAGGAGCUGGAUGAUGGCGCUCCUCGUGUGUAUGCUGAAGAAGGAGACCCAGACACUAGCACUGAGCUUGAUGCCAUUUCCAUCCCUGAAAUACCUUUUGACCCAGAGUUGGACCUGGAUUUCCUACUCAGUUCUCCAGACUCAAUCCAAAUUCCUAAUAGAAGCACAAUAUACAAUAUAACUACAUCUCAUGCAAUAGAAAAUCUUCAAACCAAAACAAUAAACCUGGAAGGAAGAAACAUAUUUCGACAAAAGGGCAAAAAUGAUAAGUAUAAGAACAUCCCUUUAUAUUUGUAAAUAUCAAUAUAAGAUCAUUCCAAUAGGGGGGAAAAAAGAUAAAAUAGUAAAAUAGUCAUCUACGUGAUUAAACACAACACAAAGUCGGCUAGGUCAGGCCAUAUACAUUCAUGGCUUCUAAAUCUGUUUUAUCCACCAAUGGUAGACCAAAGCUGUGUGAGAUCGGGAAAUGCUCUGUGUUUACAAUAAAGCUCCAGGGAGCGUCUGGCAACAUCAACAAAAUGAUGUUAGUACAGCUUCAGAUCAGCAUUUCCAUGCACCAAUUACAAAACAAUGUGCGCAGAUCCGUAAACCCAGGUGCAGCUCAGCACAUGUCCCAAACUUCUGAACUAAACCCAGGAGUAUGGACAUUAUCUCGCUUAUCACGUCAUAAUGCCAUCCAUGUAUCAAUAUAUAAACAUAAAUAGCUAUACGUGUAAUUAGUGCACUUGUAGAGUAACUACAUUAUAAAGAACAAGUGCAACAACAAGCCAACAAACUGCAGGAAUAGACCACACUAGUAUGCUCUUGUCAAGGCGAUUUAGGGGGUUGCUCUUUCAUUCGUGGCCAUAUACUUUUUCCCCAUAAUAAAAAAGAAAACCGGAAUGUUUCUUUUAUAGUGUCUCUGCAGGUUUCAACAAGUCACAUUUAAGACUUUUUAAAGGCCAUGAUGAAUACAAUUCAAGACCCAUUUCACAUCCACACUGGUAAAGAUAAAGUACUAACAACUUUGCUGCCGGCUUUCAUGAAGUUUUUUCGACUGCUAUGCACAGCUAUAGCACAUCAAGGCCGCACUAGUGCUUUAGUUCCAUUUUGUAGUUAUGUUAGCGUCCUCAAAAUCUAAACAUUUAAUAGCGACAUUGAAGUUUAUGCAUUUGUAUUUUAAAAAAUCAUAUUUCAGACAUUCUAUGACAUUUUAAGACCAUUUUUGACAUUUUAAGGCCUUAAAGUGCCAUUAUUGAUUUGAGUGCAGAUACCCUGUUUUAUUAAGGCCGCAUGGAGGGUGUGGGUAAAAUAUACAGUGUACAAGUAUGUACAUGUUAUUCACAUAGUAUAAUGUACUGUUGAUUUUACCGUAUAUUUAAUUGCGUCACUAUUUCUUAACAGACACGUUCAAGCGACUUAAUCUACUUCCUGAGAAACACUGACUCCUUGUGGUGAUUCACGUUAUUACAUCGUAUAAAUAAAGAUUGAGAAUCCUGUUCUUUUUCGGUAUUCUAUCCCUUCAAAAACGGAGUCAGUAGAAAAUUGACAAGUGGCUUGACAAAUCAUCUUGGGAAAAUAUCAUUUUUUCAACUGCGGGUUUCCAUGAAAUGAAACGUUCAUGUGUGUGUCUGAUUUGUGACCUUUUCUUGACUCAAGCGGGUUGCCUGGAGAAUCCAACGGUAUGCAGACUGGACAUGUUGAUUUGGAUCUGUUAAGUGUCUUCAUGCUGGGUCAUUAAAAGAAAAAACAUAGAAAUGUGUCACAUGACUGUCUGGAGUUAAGACGUUUAAAAACUAAUGGCACAGAAUGAUGAUGAUGUAGACCAAAAUGCAACCU